AUGGCAGUGUAUAGUCGGAACGGUUUUCGUUGGUCACUAAAUCCGCUUCUUGUUAUUGUGGCAUUUUGUGAAUUUUGGCUUGGUAUCAAUCAUCUGCUAUUUUGCUUACCAUUCUAUCCUUUUCUGAUACCCAUCACUACUGCUGUUUUUGCUUUUAUCACCGCUUUUCAUGCCCUUUUUCUUCAUUUUCCAAACAGAAUGGACUUUGUGCUUCAUUGUUGUUCUGCAGCUUUGGGACUGAUUCUACUAGUAACAUCAAUCACUGAGACAUUUUGUGGAGUUGAUGGUAUGUUAAACGAAGAUGAAGAUAAUAAUGCCCGUGAUACUUCAGCAAAUCAGAUUUCAAUGUUACAAGCAUUAUGUUAUGGCUUAUCAUAUCGUACAUCAACUUACCAGAAAUCUUGCAACGACUUCUUAAGACCACUUCACGAUUCACUGCUACUUAAGUUGGAUAUAACCUUCCAUACAAGUUCAGUUAAUUUUAUGACAUCUUUUUUAUUGAGCGGAUUUGCACUGGCGCAUAUUGCAACCUGUACAGCUCUUGCAUACUUUAGCGCGGAAGAGAACGGGUACUUAAUUCGUUCUUAUCAUGGUCAACUAGUAGUCGGCAUAAUGAUGAUUCCCUCAGCAUUACUUCAUCGCUUCUAUUGCUGUACAUAUUUUUACCUAUGGCCUGCUGUUUUCGUCGCUCUUUAUACCGUAUUCCAGUGCAUUAUCACCUGGAAAUACCACUAUCGAGGUAAAUUUGUUCGGUUAGCAAAUAUAUUUGGCUCGGGUAUUGCGAUGGCAUUGGCUGCUAUGGCAUCAUUUGGAAUGUUCUGCACUUUUACGAGGUUCUCAAUGAAUCGUUUCCCGUUUCAACGUCACUGUUAUUCUCCUUCAUUAGCUUACCAAUACUGCUAUCGAGUUAUAGAUUUUCGCAGCCCAUAUACGGAAUGGAGACGUGAAUACGUGGUCGCAGAAACGAGUGCAGUUCAAGUUCUCGUCAAUCUGUGGUUAUUCAUCUCAGCUGUUUCUCUCUUUUCCUUUUCACUGAAAUCAGCUUUUACAACUGAAAUAUUAGCCGGCUAUUUACCAACACAGUCAAUCUCUUAA